CACCACGCACCGCAACGUGAUGGUGGACGAAGAAGGUGAAUUCGCCGGCACAAUUUGCUCCAUUUGCUACGAAGAUCUCAAACCAGUUUCCGAAGAUCUUCAGUCUAUCUCCAUUUGCGGCCACGUCUUCCACGAGCUAUGCUUGCAGCAAUGGUUCGGGUACUGUUCGAGAGUGAAGAAGCACACUUGCCCCGUUUGCAAGCAGAAUUGCAGGGUCAGCGAUGCUUGCAGGCUUUACUUCCAAUCGGUGGGAGAUGUGGUCGAAUCUGUUAUGCAUCGGAAGCCAUUUGAUUCUGAAGAAGAUUCCGGAGUUUUGAGAAAGGAAGUGAAUAGGUUGGAGGUCAGGGUCUCGGGGCUUAGUUCAUAGUUGGAGAAGAAGGGGAAGGAAAUUGAGCAGCUCACCAAAGGAGAUUUGGCGUGUUGACCCAAGAAAACACAAUUGGGUCAACCCAACUCCCAUUAUAUAUAUAGGCACAUUGGAAAACUAGUAUCAGCUGAAAACAAGAAAGAUCUUCCCUUUGCUCCUUUUCUUCUUCAGAUACUUCAGCCAUGGCGUUCCCUUAUAUGGAAGCUGUUGUUGGGUUUAUGAUCUUUAUGUACUUCUUUGAAACUUACUUGGAUAUACGACAAUAUAAGGCACUCAAACUUCCUACUCUUCCAAAGACUUUAGAAGGCGUAAUCAGCCAAGAUAAAUUUUUGAAAUCCAGGGCCUACAGUCUUGAUAAAAGAUACUUCCUUUUUGUUCAGAAGUUUGUAAAAGUAGUGAUGGACUCCACAAUCUUGUACUUUUGGGUGUUACCCUGGUUUUGGAAGAAAUCAGAACAUUUGAUGACAUUCGUAGGUCUGAAUGCAGAAAAUGAAAUAUUGCAUACCCUUGGUUUUUUAGCUGGUGUCAUGCUCUGGUCACAGAUAACUGAUUUGCCUUUCUCUCUGUACCUAACUUUUGUGAUUGAGGCCCGUCAUGGUUUCAACAAGCAAACAAUAUGGUUGUUCUUUAGGGACAUGAUCAAAGGAAUGUUGAUAGCCAUUGUAAUUGGUCCACCUAUUGUGGCUGCAGUUAUUGUAAUGGUGCAGAAAGGAAGUCCUUACCUUGCUAUCUAUCUAUGGGGAUUCAUUCUUGUUCUUUCUCUUGUGAUGAUGACAAUUUAUCCAGUCCUGAUAGCUCCACUUUUCAACAAAUUCACCCCACUUCCCGAAGGUACACUCAGGGAGAAAAUUGAGAAACUUGCUGCCUCCCUCAAGUUUCCAUUAAAGAAGUUGUUUGUUGUUGAUGGAUCAACAAGGUCAAGCCACAGCAAUGCCUAUAUGUAUGGAUUCUUCAAGAACAAGCGGAUUGUCUUAUAUGACACAUUGAUUCAGCAGUACAAAAAUGAUGAUGAAGUUGUAGCUGUUAUUGCCCAUGAACUGGGGCAUUGGAAGCUUAACCACACUGUGUACGGGUUUGUUCUAUUCCAGGUUCUUACACUAUUGCAAUUUGGCGGAUAUACUCUUGUGAGGAACUCAAGCGAUCUGUUUCGAAGUUUUGGAUUUGAUACACAGCCAGUCCUCAUUGGACUAAUCAUAUUUCAGCAUACUGUAAUCCCCAUCCAGCACCUUGUGAGCUUUGGUCUGAAUCUCGUGAGCCGAUCAUUUGAAUUCCAGGCUGAUGCUUUCGCCAAGAAGCUUGGAUACGCAGCUGAACUACGGGACGCCCUUGUGAAACUACAGGAGGAGAAUCUAUCAGCUAUGAACACAGAUCCAUGGUACUCUGCAUAUCACUACUCUCAUCCCCCUCUUGUUGAACGGUUGGCUGCAAUCGACAAAUCAGAUAAGAAGGAAAAAUAGGGAAAAACAAACUAUAGACGAAGAGAUUCAAAGCUUCAUUGUACUCUAACUUGCUAUGAAUGAGUGCUACAAUUUGUUUGUUUAGUAGCAAGGCUUUGAAUCAGAUAAGUUUGUUUGUUUAAUAACUAAAAAGGAUUAUUUGAUAUCCAUUGUUCUGAAUUUUGAGUAGUCUAUAAGAUUCUCUA